AUGGACUUCAACGCGGAAGUUCAAAUUCUACAGCGAGGAGUGACCGUGCGGGAUGAGUUACUCUGCGAGCUGGUGGAGAUUCUCCGGGACCACGAGCCUGGCUUGAAGCGCGUGAUUCAGAGCAUUUACACCCUGGUGCAGGACAACCUGCUAUGCAACACACAACUUGUGCACAAGGUAAUCUCUGCUGUGAUUUCUGGCAGCCAGGAUGAGACAUCCACGCGCCGCCGCCUGCUGGCCAGAGCCCUCGUCUGCGUCCAGCUCCAGGUACGCAGAAUCCCUGCCGACGAAGGAGCGCUCAUGUUGCACGAACUCUUGGCCAGGGCUUCGGAUGAUGUUCAUCCAUAUGCGGGCCAGAUUUUGGGACAUCUGUUCAACGACUUUGUGCGUGUGCUGGGAGCAGACUGUUUCCUGCGUCUGCUGGACGCCACUCGAACCAUUUUGCUGUCAAAGGAGCCACAGGAUCGGAAGUCAUCCUACUUUCUCAUCAGCAAGAUCCAAAGGAUGUGUGAAAUUGAUGGAGAGCAUAGCGAAGCCUUGCUAAAUGGCUUGCAGUGCAGUGCCCAGCAGUGGAUCGCUUUUGCGGUCAUCGUGGCAGACUUGGAAGAGCAGGAUCCAAACCUGGUUGGGAUUACCCUCGAGACGCAGCUACCCCAGCUGCAGCUGAUGUCCAGCGAUCUCGGAGAGCGUUGGCUGGCAUGGCUAAGAACCAUUUGCAUUAGACUCCUGCAAGAGGACAGAGUCCAGGUGCUGCGCAAAACCCUGGAAUACUUUCUGACCCACCUGAGUGUAGAGUACCUCUGCCGCUUAGGUCUGCUGCCGGAGUUCCUUAUGGCCACCAACAGAAGCCAGUUGUUUGAUCCCGAGGGUGACAACUGGCUCAACGGAGAGCAAGUGAAGCAGUUUGUGGCGAAGGGCAAUGUGGAACUCCUCCUGGAGGCACUGGUGGUAGUUUCGUGGGAGAACGUUCCUCUGCUCGUCUGGAUACGCAGUUUAGAAUCUGAACAAGUGGAGAGUGUUCCUAAGGAGCUGUUUAUUAAAUUGUGUCUUAAUGUUAAGGCCAUCGACAACUAUGAUCUUCGAGAGGGAGCUCGGGAUCAUGUCAUCUUGAUAUUCAAGGACACUAUCGACGGUUUUUCUUUGAGGGAUUACAUAGUCUACAUGGAAUCGUUGUUUAACAAGGGGGAUCUAUUUCCGGAAUCCCAGCGAUUAAAAGAUAAAAUCGGUAACUGCACAGAUUUUGAGGAGCAUAUAGACUUCUUCAGCCGAAGAUUCUUUGACAUUUUUUUAUGUUAUGAUCGUUGUUCUUUUGGUUUGCAACCGGACCUUUCACAUACUUUAUUCUCGAAAAUGGAAACUCUUCCCAAACAGAAGCAUGGCUUUUUGCGCUUUGUGUUUAUUACUAAAAACGAAGAAUUAUUCACCCGUUUUUAUCGAAAGUUUUACAACGUGGACACAUCGUUACUUCAAAAGGGAAAAAGUCUCGGGGAGAUGCAAGUGCACUUGCUGGACAGACUGGACUGCCAAACUGACGAGGAGACAUCCUUCCUGAAGGCACGAUGCGUGGACCUCUUCACUUUGAACAUGGAUUCAUGGGCCCAGUUGGAGGAACUAAACUUGGACCCCCUGGAGCUGUUGGAACAGGGAACAUAUGAUACCAUUUUAGCUUUAGCACGUUUAUUAGAAUCACAUCAGGAACGAAUUACGGACGACGCGGUAUUGCCAGCUCUGAUUUCCCGUUUGAAAUCUUACGACUUUACCAUUAUUGAAAAUGUUGUGAACUACGCAUACAGGAUUUUAACAGAAGAGGAAUUUGAAAGCGUCUAUAUAAAUCUCAUGCUUCAGACGAAAUAUGUUUGGUUACCAGGCGAAAAACUAAGUAUUUCCCUGUAUUUAAAACUGCUGCUUCAUGGAGAACCCACCACAGGAAUGGCACGGUGA